AUGGAGCUGAAGAGAGGAAAGACCUUCAUUAAAUCCAGCUUUUCCACAAAUCUACCCAUGCACAUUUCCCAUGAGAAACACUCAGACCUGGUAGCCACUGCUGUGGCCAGAGAGGAUGCAGAUUCCUGGUCCAUCUCGCUGAGAGGACAGCAGAGGCCCUGCAGUGAGAAGGGCUCCCAGGCUAGUCCUGGCACCCAAAGGUAUACCAGAUGCCCAAACAAGGGGGCCCAGCCUGACUCUGAGGACAGUUCUAUAGCCCUCUGUGGAACCACUUUCAAAUUGGUGAGAAAGAGCAAGACUCAUGACAGUGUUCCCGAGGCUGGGAAGGCAGCCACUGACACAGGACAGCUGGUGGGCAGUGUGAGCUUCUCAGGGUCCCCUAGUGGCCAGCGCAUGAUUGACUACCGCCACUUUGUGCCCCAGAUGCCUUUUGUGCCAGCUGUGGCCAAGAGUAUCCCAAGGAAGAGGAUUUCCUUGAAACGACCCAAGAAGUGCUUCCGGAACCUAUUCCACAUCCGCAGGAGCAAGACAGAGAACCUGGCCUCCCUGACAGUCAAGGAGAAGAGCCUGUUCUCUCCAGGGGUCUCAUCAGAUGUUACAGGGCAGCAAGGCAAAGCCUUCCUCUCCCUGGGUGAAGGGCUGGGACUAGACACUCUGUGCCAGGACCUGUCUGACAGUGAGCUUCUUCCUGAUUCACCCUUCGACCUCUGCAGUGCCCUAUGUGAGGAUGUGGCCUCACUCAAAAGCUUUGAUUCUCUCACAGGCUGUGGAGAGAUCUUUGCAGAUGAAAGUUCAGUGCCAUCCCUGGAGCUGAGUGGAGGCCCCGAGGGCUCAGCCUGGGCACCCCGGGCCCCAGAGAGCAAGACUCCCCGGGGCCCCUUCCAGGGCAGUGUGGAGCAGCUGGCAUCCCCUGCCCAGAAUGAGGCAUCCGACUUCUCCAAGUUUUGGGACAGUGUGAAUCGCUCGGUGAGGCGGCAGCAGCGCGCCCUGCUGGGCUCAUGGCUGGUAGGUCCUCAGGGGACUGACACGGAGCAGCCUAAGCUGGAUGUGGCUGGAUUGGCCGAGCUGCCGCUGUUUCCCUGCAGGGGUCCCCCGAAUGACUCCAAAGCCAGCUCCAUAGACACGGGCACACCCAAAAGUGAGCAGCCGGAAUCUGUGUCCACCAGCGACGAGGGCUACUACGAUUCCUUUUCACCUGGCCUGGAGGAGGACAAGAAAGAGACCCCAAGCCCAGGCACCCCGGCAGUCACCUUCCCAAGGGACAGCUAUAGUGGGGAUGCUCUCUAUGAGCUCUUCUCUGAUCCCAGCGAUGGCCCUGUCGGCCCGAGCCUAGAUGAUGACUUGUGUGUGUCUGAGAGCCUGUCAGGGCCAGCUGUGGGGACACCACUGUCCAUGUGCAGUUUCCAUGUGGGGGCUGAGGAGAACCUGGCUCCUGCCCCAGGCCCUGACCUGCUCAGCCAGAGCUUCCUGCAGAGCUCCUGGAGGGGCAAGGAGUGUCUGCUGAAGCUCUGUGACACAGAGCUCUCCAUCACCAUGGGUAUUGUCAACUGGCUCCGCAGGACCCCACCAGCCCCUCCCCCAGGGGAGGCUGUAGCCCGGCCAGGUCCCCACGGGGCCCCCAAAGGAACGGCAGGGAAGCCAGAGAGCAGUAAGGAUCAGGCUUCAGGUGCAAGUAGGGCCACUGUGUGCUCAGCACCCAACAGACAGGAGCUCUGGGCAUGCCCUGGCAAGAUGGGAGGCCAGGAGAUUACAGUGGUAUCAAAGGACUUGUCUCUAGAGGAAGAGACGAGAGGCUGCCCCAACGGCUCUUUCUCUCCUGAGGGGUCAGCAGUCUCCACAACAAAUAUUUCCAGCAAAAGCAAAGUGCAAAGCCCUCCUACCAGGCCCGGCUCUCAAAAGGAGCCCGGGCCACCUGAGAAUCUGAGACGUCCUCAGGACCUGCAGUGGCCAGGUCAUGGGGGAAGCACUCCAGAUGCAGGGCCCAUGUUAGCAGGCUGCAUGGAGAGUGUGGCAGACCUGCAGAUCUCUCUAGAUGGCCGGUCUCCAAGGCAGGACAUAGGUGAUAGGCUCUUCAGGCAGCCUCAGGACUGUGGCCCUAACGUUCUGUAUCAGAAACAGGGAGCUACUACCUGUGGCCAACCCUCCCUGGCCACCCGACAGGAUCAGAGAUAUCCAGACCUUUUCCUGGAGCUGAGCCAGCUGAAGUUGGAGCCCUCCAGGAUGGAUUCCCAAGCUUUCACCUCAGUGGAGAACCAGCCACUAGAGCUCAGCCCCAGGGCUAUGGAACAGGUAGGACAUAGGGGUCAGCUGGAUCCCAAGCCUCUCUCAGCCCCUGAUGCUCAGUGGAGCCCAUGGGGCUUUCCCCCAGAAAUUCUGGGCCAUCACUAG